AUGUCUGGAGCCCCAGGUUUGGGCAAAACCAUCACGGCAGAGCUUCUGGCACCUCAAAUUGAUGCUAUCGGCAUCCCGCAUGACAUUAUCAAAUCACAGUUACUGGAGAAUGGCAUGUCGUUUAAAGAUGCGGGGAAGACUAUCAUUGACAGGAGCCGCGAGCUGGCCCGCAAGCACAACUUUGUCUACUGGUACGUGGAGCUUUCUGCCAACCCGGAUAACUUGACCGUGUUGGAUCCUCCCUUGCGCGCUCGCCCUAACCCGCUGAGGUCCCAGCGGGUGGCUAUCGACGAAUCGCCGGCAGAUGUUGAUAGUGCAGACCAAGCCAAGACUGGUGAAGUCGCUCAAGAGAGGUUCCGUUCCAUGGUGGCAAACCCCUGCAGGCCUGAGGGGAAUGUGAUCAUGGUAGACGCGUACAGCAGUCUUGACGGGCGUAUCAAAUAUAUUCUUGAUCAGAUUUCCGCGAUGACUGGCCUGUAG